AUGGCUAGUCCUCCCGUUCUAGCUUUCGAUGCCGAGGGCCGUCCGGUGAAGUUCGAAACCUGGCUAGAUGACCUGCACCUGUUCCUACAGCUCACUGCCAAGGAAGACAUCUCGCUGUACGACCACGCCCUAGGCCAUGCUACUGCCCCUGACACGUCUGCUGACAGCACUCUACGCUCUCAGUGGCAGACUCGUGAUGCGCACGCUCGCUUUGCUAUUCGCAACUCCCUGCCGCUAGACGAGCGCGAGCACUUCGGCCAGUGCAAGACUGCUAAGGACCUCUACACCGCUGUAGUUGCCCGUUACUCCUCACCCGCUUCUGCUACGCUAGGCCGCCUCACUCUCCCCUACCUGUUCCCCGACCUAGCCUCCUUUCACACUGUCGCAGACCUCAUCACCCACCUUAAGACUAGUGAGGCCCGCUUUCGCGCUGCUAUGCCUGCCGAGGACCACUUCCUCUCUCGCUCCCCCACUGAGCUCACUGUUGCCCUCCUCGAGAAGGAACUGCUUGCAGCUGAGGCGAGCAUCGUCGCUGUAGGCACCUCUCGUGGCGACCCCCGCACCCCGUUCUUUGAGGGGUGUUCCCCUUCCCCCCUCCUCCCCUCUGUCGCCUCUGCUGCUGCUGUCGACCUCCUUGGUGCUGAGAAGGUCGGGACCGCGUCUGCUUCGAGCGGGCGCCGCAGGAGCAAGGGAGGCAGGGGUGGGGGUGGUGGCGGAGGAGGUGGGGGUGGAGGCGGUGGGAGUGGAGGUGCUGAGCCUGGGGGUGCUGAGUCUGGGGGUGCUGAGACUGAGCGUGCUACACCUGGAGGAGCCCUCUCCUCCCAGCAGCUGCAGGAGAGGUACCUCGAGUACUGCCGCCUCCGGAGAGGUGCUGCUGGAGCUCGUCCCGGUGCUUCCCCUCCUACCCAGGAGCUCCCCCCCAUUCAGCAGAUCCGAGAGUGGUACACACGCCGCUGCAGUCUUCGGAGUGGUCCUCCGGGUGCUGCGGACCCUGGGGGUGGCGGUGCUGCUGGUGCUGAGGACCCGGGCGUUGGAGCUGCUGCUGGUACUGAGUACUUGGGCGUUGGAGCUGCUACUGGUGCUGAGGACCCGAGCGGUGGCGCUGCUGCUUGUGCUGAGGACCCGGGCGCUGGAGCUGCUGCUGGUGCUGAGGACCCGGGCGGUGGAGCUGCUGCUGGUGCUGAGGACUCGGACGUUGGAGCUACUGCUGGAGCUGAGGACCCGAGCGGUGGAGCUGCUGCUGGUGCUGAGGACCCGGCCGGUGGAGCUGCUGCUGGUGUUGAGGACCCGGACGUUGGAGCUGCUGCUGGUGCUGAGGACCCUGCCGCUGGUGUCUCUGCUGGUUCUGGAGACGCUACGCGGCCGCGACCGUACUUCGUACCACUUCUUCAGCAGGUUCUUGGUCAGGCUCCUCCUCCUUGUCCUCCUCCCUCCGUAGAGUGUCCUCCGCCUGUCCAGUCGCAGUCACAGUUCCCGCCUGCCUCGCCUCUCCCUGCUCCCUCUCCUUACAUUGGUCCCACAGGAGGUCUUACAGAGCGUCGUGAGCCUGAGUCUCGUCCUGCGUCGCCUGUUCGUACUGCUCGCACUAGUCGUCGUGUCCCACGUGAGCGUCCUCCUCCUGUCCCUGGCACUCACUACAUGACUCUGCGUCCCUCCACUGCUCCUCAGCGUGUCCCGCUACCGUCUCCUCCUGCUUCCUCUCUGCCUACUCUUCCUGACCCGGAGUCUGACUCCCGUCGUGCUGCCAGUCCCACUGUCACCCGUCUCCUCGCUACUGUUGUCACUGACCCUACCUUUGAGUCCUCUGCUGCGUCUGCUCUAGUCGCUGAGUUGAUAGACUUUGCUGCCCGGUGUCGUCUAGACUACGCCACUAGCCUUGUUGCUGAGUCUGAGUCUGUCUGUCCUCCGUCCGUCGGGGGUGAGUGUGCUCUUGGCACGGACGUCCUUGAGGACAGACAGGAGGAGUUCCAGUGCUUUGCUGCUGCUUUGCCCCACCUCGUGUCCAUGCUAGUUGCCCCUGAGGGAGACCCGGAUGCACCAGACAUCCCGACCCCGCGCACUUACGCUGAGGCGAUGGCGGGUCCCUACUCCUCUCAGUGGCAGACAGCCAUGGACGCAGAGAUGGCUUCCUGGAAGUCCACACGCACCUACGUCGACGAGGUUCCCCCACCUGGGGCGAACAUCGUCAGUGGCAUGUGGAUUUUCAGGGUGAAGCGGCCACCGGGUUCUCCUCCUGUCUUCAAGGCGCGCUACGUGGCUCGAGGCUUCAGACAGCGAGAGGGAGUUGACUUCUUUCAGACCUUCUCCCCCACCCCGAAGAUGACCACUCUUCGGGUGCUGCUGCACAUAGCCGCUCAGCGCGACUACGAGCUUCACUCACUUGACUUCAGCACUGCUUUCUUGCAGGGCAGCCUGCACAAGGAGAUCUGGCUGCGCCGCCCUCCUGGCUUCACUGGGUCGGUUCCUCCUGGUACCCAGUGGAGGCUUCAGCGGCCGGUCUACGGUCUCCGCCAGGCACCGCGUGAGUGGCACGACACACUGAGGACGACACUUGCGGCUCUUGGGUUCGCUCCCUCUACUGCUGACCCGUCACUGUUUCUACGCACAGACACCUCACUGCCGCCGUUCUACAUCCUCGUGUACGUCGACGACUUGGUCUUUGCCACUGCUGACACCGCGGCACUCGCCCACGUGAAUUCGGAGCUGCAGAGGAGACACACGUGCACAGACCUGGGUGAACUGACAAGCUAUCUUGGCUUGCGGAUCACUCGGGACAGAGCACGGCGCACCAUCACCUUGACUCAGUCACACAUGGUGCAGCAGAUCCUUCAGCGCUUCCGCUUCACGUACUCCUUGCCUCAGUCCACUCCUCUGCCUACCGGUCACUCGCUCUCAGCUCUGCCUUCGGAUGAGUCCGUAGAGCCGAGUGGCCCGUAUCCAGAGCUUGUGGGCUGCCUCAUGUACCUGAUGACCUGCACUCGACCUGACCUUGCAUACCCUCUUAGCAUCCUUGCACGCUAUGUCGCUCCUGGCCGUCACAGGAAGGAGCACAUGGAUGCCGCUAAGAGGGUGUUGCGCUACUUGUGCAGUACGUCGGGCAUGGGGCUAGUGCUUGGAGGGCGAGACCGAGUUGUACUUACUGGACACUCAGACGCUUCUUGGGCGGACGACCAGGCUACUCAGCGGUCGUCUCAGGGUUACACCUUCAGCCUUGGCUCCGGCUCAGUUUCUUGGCGUUCUACACGCUCUUCUUCUGUUCUCAGCUCCAGUUGUGAGGCUGAGAUCUACGCCACAGCCAUGGCUGCCCAGGAGCUACGCUGGCUGACCUACCUGCUGACCGACUUGGGUGAGCGGCCUCGUUCUCCUCCAGUGCUGUACGUCGACAACCAGGCUGCCAUUGCCUUGUGUGAGGAGCACAGACUGGAGCACAGAACGAAGCACAUCGCCCUGCGGUACUUCCUUGCUCGAGAGCUGCAGCAGCGUGGUCAGCUUUGUCUGCGUUACGUGGCCACUGAGGCCAACCUUGCUGAUGUGUUCACCAAGGCGCUUCCGCCUUGUGACCAUCAGCGUUUCUGCACUCUGCUAGGCCUUGUGCCUACUGGACCUCACUUACUUACCUCUUGA